AUGCGAUCGUACCAAACUCUCAAGACACCACUCAAGCAAUACUCCAAAACACUUCUACGCAUACCUUCAACCACCAAGCGCAAAAUGUCUUUCUUCCCCGGCUCCCUCGUGGCUUCGGCCCCUGCCUCUGACCGCACCUCCUUCCACCCUCUCUUCCGUCUUCUCGAUGACUUUGAGCAACACACUCAAAACUCCAAGAGCGACGCCACCAUAGAGUCCCGCUCCGGCCGUCACGUCAUGAAGACCUUCACCCCCAAGUUCGACGUCAAGGAGGUCGAGAACGCUUACGAGCUGCACGGCGACCUUCCCGGAAUCGAGCAGACCAACGUCGAGAUCGAGUUCACCGACAUCCAGACAAUCACCAUCCGCGGCCGCACCGAGCGCUCCUACACCUCUAGCAACGCUACCGCCGCUGGCACUGAGGGCUCCGGCGGCGAGUCUCACCCUGCCAAGGCCCACAAGGCCACCGUCGAGGACGAGGAUGGAGUUGUCGUCGCUACCCCCCAGAAGUCCACCGAGGUCAGCAAGUCGACGGCAGCUCCCAAGCAGCCAGAAGCCAAGUACUGGGUCUCGGAGCGCUCCGUCGGCGAGUUCUCCCGCUCUUUCACCUUCCCCGUGCGGGUUGAUCAGGACGCUGUCACCGCCAGCAUGAAGAACGGCGUCCUCACCGUCGUGGUCCCCAAGGCCAAGAAGCACGAGGCUCGCAAGAUCACCAUCACCUAA